GGAGGGCGGGGUGCAGACUUUAAGGCCUUUCUUAGCAGAAAAGACCACCAGGCUGGUCCAAGCUCCUCGCUGAGACCCGCUGGUGUCCGAACCCUAUCUGGGAGCUCCUAGUAUUUCUUCUGCCCCUUCACUUCCAGCUGUUUUAGAGACCUGAGCUGUAGACCCUGUCUGUGGUCCUGCAGAGGCGAAGUGGAGAUCGUCGUUGAUCUUUGAUUUUGACAGUGAGAAUCGAAUGGCUUCCACGCGGAUCCGAGAGGCCACGGAGAGAGAUUGUGGAGACAUUCUGAGGAUGAUACGGGAACUGGCCGAGUACGAGAAACUGUCCCAUCAGGUGAAGAUCAGUGAAGAAGUGUCUCUUUGUCGUCCCCCUCCCCCGCGCCCCAAUCUCACCCCAAUCUCUACAGCUCUGAGAGCAGAUGGCUUUGGAGAGAACCCUUCCUUUCACUGUUUGGUGGCAGAGGUUAUUCCAGCACCUGGGGAGCUCCAAGGGCCCCGUGUGGUGGGCUUAGGGCUGUACUACUUCAUCUACAGCACAUGGAAGGGACGAAACAUUUAUCUGGAAGACAUCUAUGUGAUGCCGCAAUAUCGGGGUCAAGGAAUUGGAACCAAAAUAAUCAAAAAGGUGGCUGAGGUUGCCCUGUGUAAGGGGUGCUCCCAGUUCCGCCUGGCAGUUCUGGACUGGAACAAGAAGGCCAUGGACUUGUACAAGUCUCUGGGAGCGCAAGAUCUGACUGAAUUGGAAGGCUGGCAUUCCUUUCGAUUUGAAGAAGCGGCAAUGAGGGAGUUGGCAGGAUGGUGAUGACAUCUCCUGGAGAGUUUUCUCUACUGCCACCUUUUGGGAUCACCAUAUCAAGUUUUCCUAAGAUGAUAGUCACAGACUCUGACCCAGACAGACUAACCCAAAGGCCUCCCAAGGUGCAGAAAGAGCAGAAGCAGGGGAGGAAAAAGUUUGUCCUCAUGUGCCAUUAGGUAGAGGAAUUGAUGGAAGGACAGGGUGCAGUCACUUAGAACCCUUCGUUGGAGACUAUAGCUCUAAUGGAGGCUGAGCCAGUGAUGCUGAUAGGCCCCCCAAGGAUUUAGGGGAUCCUAGUCUAGUGUAUGAUUUUAAAAAGAGAACAAGGGAUUGGAGAGAUGUCUGAGUGGUUAAAAGCACUGGCUACUUGGUCUUCAGAGGACCCAGGAUAGUUCCCAGCACCCACAUGGCAGCUCACAACUGUCUAACUCCAGUUCCAGGGAAUCUAGCACCCACAGACAUACAUGUAGACCAAACAUCAAUGCACCUAAAAUAAAAAUGAAUUUCAAAAAAAAUUAAAAGGAACAAUGGUAUAGCAAUCUUGUCAA